AUGAUAAUCAACACAUGUCCCGUCAAAACGUUGACUGACUUGAAAACAUCAAUUGAUUUAGAUGAUUUACAAACACAAAUACAAAAUGAAUAUGGUACAAAAAUAAUGAUUUAUUUAAUCAAUUUAUCAGACAUCAAGUCUCUUGAAUAUGCCCAAACUGCUUUUAAAAUGAUUAAAGAGACAAAUACAAGAGGAGUCAUUGUAUGUUACCAACUAUAUGGAGAAAACAAUAUAUUUGAUCAAGUUCAACAGUUUCAAAAGGAUUCAAACAGUAAAUUGAAUGUGUUAAUAAAAGGAAUGGAAGAGUAUAACGCAGUGUUAUUAAAUAUAAAAGAUCUAUUUGUAGAAAUUACAAUACCAAAUUAUAGAGAGUGUCCUUGUAGAAAGCCAAUUAUAUUACUUUACGACGAAAAUGGUACAAAAGGAGUAAAGACUAAAACUACCGCGACACUAACUUUAAACACUCAUAAAAUAGAAAUUGGAGAAACUUUUCCUCAAAUUAAAGAAUUUCAAAACCAAGAAAAUAAAAAUGAAAAAAGGUAUAAAUGGGAGUUGGAAUAUUCAAGUAAUGGACGUUUAGCGUGUGACAUUUUUCUAUGUGACAGAAAGUACUCUUAUUUAUUUUGGGAAGGCAGAAUUAAUCAAUAUUUUGAAGGGACUGAUAUUGAAGUUGGAAGUAUUGAAAAUCUAUGUGUGUUACUCAAGCGUCUUGGUCUCAACGAAUAUGAAAUUAAUGAUUUUGUAGUGUAUUGGAUGGGAGAAAUGAAGUGUUUCAAGUCAAUUGGCGUUCGUAUUGUUGGUGAAGAGUAUGAAAAAGAAGUUAAAUUAGCAGUUGAUGGAUUUAGUGCAAUGCGAAGAGUAUUUAUUGGUAUGUUUGAAGCCGAUGGAAUUCAUCUGAAAGGCAUAGAAAGUGUUAAGCAAAUUGAAAGACCAAUUGGAAAGUACAUAAUAGAAUGGGGUGCUUUCAUAAUUCAUUGA